AUGGUUCACGUCAGCUUCUACCGCAACUAUGGGAAGACAUUCAAGAAGCCUCGUCGUCCAUACGAGAAGGAGCGAUUGGAUGCUGAGUUGAAGCUGGUUGGAGAGUAUGGGCUUCGAUGCAAAAGGGAGCUGUGGAGGGUGCAGUAUGCCCUCAGUCGCAUCCGUAAUAAUGCGAGGAUGCUUCUCACUCUUGAUGAGAAAGACCCACGUCGAAUAUUUGAGGGUGAGGCCCUUCUUCGCAGGAUGAACAGGUAUGGGCUUUUGGAUGAGAGCCAGAACAAGCUCGAUUAUGUCUUGGCUCUGACUGUGGAGAACUUCCUUGAACGCCGGCUCCAAACACUAGUCUUUAAGACGGGUAUGGCAAAAUCAAUUCACCAUGCUCGUGUGCUGAUUAGGCAGAGGCAUAUCAGGGUUGGGAGGCAGGUGGUUAAUGUACCAUCUUUCAUGGUGAGGGUGGACUCACAGAAGCACAUUGAUUUCUCGCUAACAAGUCCAUUCGGAGGUGGCCGCCCUGGAAGAGUGAAGCGAAGGAACCAAAAGUCAGCUGCCAAGAAAGCUGCUGGUGGAGAUGGAGAUGAAGAGGACGAGGAGUGA